CUUACAAUCACCAACUGCACCGCUAGAUACAUCAGAAUAACAACUUUACGUAACGACGGUCUCACUCUAUGUGAAGUUCAGAUAUUUUCCGAACUUGAGCAAGGUCUAACCACUGCGACGAUAAGCACGAACAGCGUGGGGUUGGCAGAUAACAGAGACACCACUUUCUUCGGCAAUUUAAGUAUCCCACCAGUUACCGAUGCACUGACAACUGCUGUCGAAUCAGUUGAGGCUCAAGAGUUGACCACUGCUCAAACCACGGAAAUUAUUAGCCCAUCCAUUUUCGCCAACUUAAGUACUCUAUCGGUGUCUGAUGCAAGAACAACUGCAGUCGGGGUCGUCGGGGUCACCGAAUUGGUGAGACCUACAGGUUACACCUUUUUCACCAACUUAAGUACGUCAUCAGUUUCUGCAGCAGUAACAACUACUGUCGAAUCGGUUGAUGUACCAGAGUCAACCACUGCUAAAACCACGGAAGCACUGACAACUGCUGUCAAAUCAGCUGAGACACAAGAGUUAACCACUGUUCAAACCACGGAAGUACGAGAGUCAACCACUGCUAAGACCACGGAAGUAAAUAGACCCACCGUGUUCGCCCAUUUUAGCACUCGAUUUGAAGCAUUAACAACUGGCGCUGGUGUACAAGAGUCAACCACUGGUCUAAUCACGAGACCCAUCCUCUUCACUAUGAUAAGUACCCUACCAGUGUCUGCAGCACUAACAACUGAAGUCGGGGUCACAGAAUUGGUUAGCCAAACAGACUCCAACAUUUUUGUCAAGUUAAGUACUCCGCCACUUUCUGAAGCGGUCACAACUGCAGUCGAAUCAGUUGAUGUACAUGAGUCAACCACUGCUCUAAUCACAGACGUGACUAGACCAACCGCCUUUGCCACCCAUUCAAGUACACGAGCUGGGGAACUGACAACUACAGUCGAAUCAGAUGAUACAGAAAAGUUAACUACUGCUAAAACCACUGUUUCUGAAGCAGUUACAACUGCAGUCGAAUCAGUUGAUGUACAAGAGGCAACCACUGCUCUAAUCACUGACGUGACUAGACCAACCGUCUUCGCCUCUCAUUCAAGUACACGAUCUGAGGCACUAAUAACUGCAGACGAAUCGGAUGACAUAGAAGAGCCAACUACUGCUAAAAUCACGGUUUCUGAAACAGUAACAACUACAGUCGAAUCAGUUGAUGUACAAGAGGCAACCACUGCUCUCAUCACUGACGUGACUAGACCAACCGUCUUCGCCUCUCAUUCAAGUACACGAUCUGAGGCACUAAUAACUGCAGACGAAUCGGAUGACAUAGAAGAGUCAACUACUGCUAAAAUCACGGUUUCUGAAGCAGUAACAACUACAGUCGAAUCAGUUGAUCUACAAGAGGCAACCACUGCUCUAAUCACGGACGCCCAUUCAAGUACACGAUCUGAGGCACUAAUAACUGCAGUCUAUUCAGAUGACAUAGAAGAGUCAACUACUGCUAAAACCAAUGAAGUGAUUAGACCCACGCUCGUUAUCAAGAUAAAUACCCCGACAGUGUUUCAAACACUAAAACAUCCACCAGUUUCUGCAACACUAACAACUGCUGUCAAAUCAGCUGAGACACAAGAGUUAACCACUGUUCAAACCACGGAAGUACGAGAGUCAACCACUGCUAAGACCACGGAAGUAACUAGACCCACCGUGUUCGCCCAUUUUAGCACUCGAUUUGAAGCAUUAACAACUGGCGCUGGUGUACAAGAGUCAACCACUGGUCUAAUCACGAGACCCACCCUCUUCACUAUGAUAAGUACCAUACCAGUGUCUGCAGCACUAACAACUAAAGUCGGGGUCACAGAAUUGGUUAGCCAAACAGACUCCAACAUUUUUGUCAAGUUAAGUACUCCGCCACUUUUUGAAGCAGUCACAACUGCAGUCGAAUCAGUUGAUAUACAUGAGUCAACCACUGCUCUAAUCACAGACGUGACUAGACCAACCGCCUUUGCCACCCAUUCAAGUACACGAGCUGGGGAAUUGACAACUACAGUCGAAUCAGAUGAUACAGAAAGGUUAACUACUGCUAAAACCACUGUUUCUGAAGCAGUUACAACUGCAGUCGAAUCAGUUGAUGUACAAGAGGCAACCACUGCUCUAAUCACUGACGUGACUAGACCAACCUUCUUCGCCUCUCAUUCAAGUACACGAUCUGAGGCACUUAUAACUGCAGACGAAUCGGAUGACAUAGAAGAGCCAACUACUGCUAAAAUCACGGUUUCUGAAACAGUAACAACUACAGUCGAAUCAGUUGAUGUACAAGAGGCAACCACUGCUCUAAUCACUGACGUGACUAGACCAACCGUCUUCGCCUCUCAUUCAAGUACACGAUCUGAGGCACUAAUAACUGCAGACGAAUCGGAUGACAUAGAAGAGUCAACUACUGCUAAAAUCACGGUUUCUGAAGCAGUAACAACUACAGUCGAAUCAGUUGAUCUACAAGAGGCAACCACUGCUCUAAUCACGGACGCCCAUUCAAGUACACGAUCUGAGGCACUAAUAACUGCAGUCUAUUCAGAUGACAUAGAAGAGUCAACUACUGCUAAAAACAAUGAAGUGAUUAGACCCACGCUCGUUAUCAAGAUAAAUACCCCGACAGUGUUUCAAACACUAAAAAUUCCACCCGUUUCUGCAACACUAACAACUGUAGUUCAGUUGGUUGAUACCAACGAGUCAACUACUGCUAAAACCACAGAAUCAGUAACAACAAUUGAUCCACAGGAGUCAACCACUGCGAAAGGCGCGAAAUUGGUCAGCCCACGAAGAGCCAUCUUGUUUUCAUUAUUAUUUCUCUCGGUAGUUGUGUGCCUUAUUUGAUUGCAGUAAUAUAGUUUCCACAUCAUUUUAGAUCGAGUUAUUAUUAUUUAACUUACAUAAAUAUAUAGAGUCAUAAUUGUGGAUAUUAAUUUAUUUUAUAUAAUUACAAUUCAUACUUUCCUUAGAUAUAUUUUGAGAAUAUUAUAUUCAUCCCUACAUUAUUUUGCUUCUGAGAAACACUUAUCUUGCUUAACCCUUAUAAAUGAUAUACAUCGUGUAGUCUUUUGUAUAUAAAAUAUUUCAUUGUAAUUUAUUGUAAACUCCUCGUGACAAGAGCAGAAAAGGCAAGUGGGCUUUUCGUGGCAAGUGGACAUUUGUUUUAACCGACGUGACUUUAGAUGGAGUUGAAACAUUUUUAUUUCAUGUGGUCUUUAUGCUUUAUUUUUCCGAUUACUGUUUGGGACAAGACAUUGUUCGUGCUCGCUAUUAAGUCUUUUAGUCUGUUAACGUAUGCGUGAUCGAAAUUAUUAACUAUC